AUGGGCAGCCGGCUCCGCAGCCCCAGCGCCUACCCUGCGCCCUGGUGGGGACCGCAGCCCGGAGGACCCGGCCCCGCCAAGCGCCGCCGGUGGGAGGAGCCCGCGGGCCCCGAGGCCCAGCCGGCGCCCAGCCUCCAAGACCUGGCGGGGCCCCCGGCCGCGGCCGCGCUCACUUCCGUCUUUGUCCUGGCCGCGGGCUGUGCCCUGCAGCUGCCCCUGGACCACGUCGACCUGCUGCUGGAGCCCGAGCCAACGUCGGUCCUGCAAGUGUCUCUCGGAGAUCACACCCUCGUGCUGGUCCCCGAGGCCCUCCUGGACGCCGGCGACCAGCGCUCCGGAGGCCAGGCCCACUCGCCCUUCGGCCUGGAACCGGCCGCUUUCCCGGGCGCUCCCGGGGACGACGCCGCCGUCGAGCAGGAAUUCUUCUGCGCAUCUGUCCCGGAGGUCGCCGCCCAAGUCGAGGCCGACGACGAGGACGCCGACCCUGAGUUCCCGCCGUCUUGGGCGGCCCCUGCAGCCGGCUCAGUCGCUGGGCUCCGCCCCUCGGCUGGAAGGGAGUCCGGCCCCUCCCCGCACGGCCGCGUCCCAGAGCCCUCGCCCUGGGCCCCCACCCCUAGUCCAGAGAGACGCUCUCCUGGCCCCUACUACCGCCUGGACUUCCACCUUCUGGAUCCCUUUCCCACCUCGCCCCUCCAACCUCUGCCUCCCUCUCCGAGUCCAGGUCCCCACGCGCGCGCCCCGCGCCCUAUUGGUCCUCCGCGCAAGGCCCGGAGACGCCUCUUCGAGGAAUGA